AUGCUACGCAACUGAAGGAAUACUUGACUACUUGUCGUUGGUCACAUGGCUGCAUCGCCGUUCCUAAUCAGUAAAGAUGCGGUUAAAAUGCGGUUGGCUCGAGGAGUCAUUGCUAUUUUUCGACCGUCAAAUAUCUUUUAGAGCACGUAUUUAUUUGUUGUCCAUUGCGAAACCUCUGGCAUGCAGAAGGUUGCAUGCGAGAUCUCUAAGCAAUCUCAAGCCACCUUCGCAGACCACGUGCUUACUAUCGUUUGGUAAAUUUUUCCACGAAAAAACGCACAUAGAGAUUGUGUCCAAUGCAUGAGAGCUUGCUGGUAAUGAUUUAUAUGAUUCAUUUUUGGUAGGAUUUGAACAAAAAUGUGUCAAUUUUCAUGUCAUCCAACGAUCGCAGAACCAACCGAUGAUGUGGUGUAGAAGAACAUAUAUUUUUUGUUGAAGUUAAUUUCUAUUCCAGUUAUUAAAAGUUGAAUGUGUGUGACCUUUUAACCAAGUAACUAUCCAGGAUGUUGUGAAAGAUGAUAAAUGAUUAAUCAACUGACAUUUGAGAACACGCUACUAUAAAACCACCAUAAGCGAUAUGAAACGUUAAUGGAAAAGGUCGUAUUUACAUUAACAGCCUUACUUUCCCUAAAAUUUGAGAUAAAUCGGCACAAAUAAAAUAGCUCGCUAAGCGACCGAUAAGGCAACGACCGCAUAAUUUUGCAUACGUUAUCACACUUUUUGAGACCACAUCCGAACCGACCGUUACAUGCAUGAGAAUAGAACAGAUCACUAAACAGAUAAUCAACUAAAAACGCGGAACUAUAAAAGGAAGCUACAUACGCCGCUGCUUGCUCAGUAUCAUUCCUCAAAAUCAUUGUACUAAUUGAUUCUAGCUGACCAUGGACGUUAAUAAAGUGUUCUUGUGCUUUGUGGUAGUUUUGUUUUCUGCACCGAAAGUGCGCGGUAACAACCAAAAUGCCACAAAUUCUUCGCUCACCGGGUACGACUACAAAAUCAUAACGGCGAAGCUGGAAUACAUUCAGGGAAAGCUGAUCGAGAUGGAAUCUGCCAUGAAAAUAGAUCGAGAGGCUAUCGAACAGAAGCUGUCUGGAGCCAUCAGUCAGCUAAGCCAAACGAUUGGCCACAAUUUGACCGCGCUGCAGACACAGUCGAAUAAGAUUCUGUAUGAGCAGGCAGCUAAAGCCAAUCAAAAACGCAUGCGAAAGGCGAUCCAAACGCUAGCAUCGAACAGAGAUGUAGCUCGAUUUCUAAUCAGUUCAGCUCUGUACGCUCGAACGAUCACAUUAUCAUCGUGCAAAGAGGAGUCUUCGAAGUUAUCGGGAAAGUAUCUAAUACAAUCUGCUGAAAACGACGAACCAUUCCUGGGUUACUGUGAGCAGACUGCUUUCGGUGGUGGUUGGCUUGUGUUCCAGCAUCGCUACGACGGAUCGGUGGACUUUUAUCGUAACUGGACUGAGUACCGUGACGGGUUCGGAAGCAUGGAUGGGGAGUUCUGGCUCGGCUUGGAGAAGUUGCAUCAGAUUACUUCAGAACGAGAGCAUGAGAUGUUGGUGGAGCUAAAAGAUUUCGAUGGAAACUACAAGUACGCACGGUACGAUGAGUUCGAGAUCGGCAGUGAGGCGGAGCAAUAUUCGUUAAAGAAGCUGGGAUCGUAUACAGGAACGGCAGGAGACUCAUUGAUCCACCAUAAGGGUAUGAAAUUUUCUACUAAAGAUCGGGACAAUGAUAACAGUUCAACGACACACCUUGCUGUGUAUUGCCAGGGAGCGUGGUGGUACGAUAACAUUUGCAUUGCUAAUGUUAAUGGACUUUAUAAGAAUGGUGAAGAUAUUCAAGCUGUGGUAUGGUACACCUAUAAAUCAAGCUUUCUGGGUAUGGCAUACACAAGAAUGUUGAUUCGUGAAAUUUAACGAACAAUUGUAAAAUAUUUUAAUAAACAAAUAUUUUCACACAUCAUAUAACGAGGUCAGACUGGACAUGGUGUCGGCGUUUUCAAUG